CAGACUCUAGCUAGCUGCCCUGGGCUAAGCCCAUAGGUACCAAUGAGCUGCCUACAAGCAAUGGUGAGUACCUGCUGCCUCUUGCUGAGUGCUUGCUAUUGCCUACCCCGAGUGAGAGUGUAGUAAGGCAAUGGAGGAAAGGAGCAUGCAGCAGGCCAGGGUGUGUUGCAUCCCCGUUUAGUGAUAAAGCAAUGGGGAAACAACUGCAACUACCUGCAGGGUGCUGCCUUCUCUGAGGCUGUGAAGGAUUUAUCCAGCUCUUCAAAGCAGCUGCAGUUUUGCUACUCGCAACCUGCAAAAAUUGGAGUGGAGCAACAGUAAAGCACAGCUUUCAAAACCUCAUUUUCCUUUUUUCCUUUCAAGCUGACAAUAAGACUUUAAGGAAAACUUUGAAUAAUGGAUACACUUUUGAAUAAUGGAUGCUGUGUAGCCCAAGUCCCUUGCCUUUUCUCUCUGUGCCUGAGUGAGAAGGCUUCUAAUUGCCAAGCACGUGGAGAGGAGGUGCGGAGCGCUUUGUCUCUCGCACUGCUGAUUAACCAAUGUGUAUGUGCACAUUAAAGAUUCAGAGGUGGGUAAGCACAUCCCAGCCCUGGGCUGUGUGCUGUGCACCAUGGCUUUUAACAGCAAAAGAUCUGGCACAAGAUGUUUUGCAUUUGUUCUUGUUUUCUUGUUCUUGUGGCUGAUAGUAAUCCUCCUUUUUGGGGGUCAGAUUUGGCUGUUUCCAUGGAGGUGCUGUUCCCAUGUACUGAUUGGGGAGGGAACUUUUAAAUAGGGAUACCCAAGCCAGUGCCUGUCCUGAGGGUUAUGGCCUUGCAGGGGCUGUCUUUAGGAUCAGUGUAUGUUUUUUGUGCUGGAUCCUCAUCUGCUCCAUCCCACUGUGCUGCUCAAUACUUUGAAACUGGGACGGCGUGAAGCUGUGUGCUGGUGCCCCUCUGGCUCCUCAGCCUGCCCAGAAAUCCUCCAGUCUGGAAUAUUCCUUCUCCAAAUGAGCAGUGAUGCAGUGGCACAGGCUGCCCAUAGAGGUAGUGGGGUCACCAUCCCUGGAGAUGUUACAGAACCAAUGGAGAUGUGGCACUGAGGGAUGUGGUCAGUGAGCAUCGUGGGGGUGGGCUGACGGUUGGACUUGAUGAUCCUAGAGGUCUUUUCUGGCCUUAAUUAUUCUAUUAUUUCAACCCUUGAUGCCAGAGCACUGAAAUAGCCAUGGAGGUGCAUUGGGGUGAAGCGGAGGGUCCUCUGGGCUCUGCUAAUCGGUGUUUUUAAGGACCUCACCACUGCAGAAGGAUGCCAGCCAGAUGUCUGCCUUCACACAGCUUGUUCCCUCUCAAUUCUGCAGCUUCUUGCCUCGGAGGAUAACUGCAAUUUAGUUUUAUUUGCCAAAAUUUGACAUGACUUGAGACUGUGAUUUACUGCCCUUGAAGGAUAUGGUAUAUGUAACCGUGGAGGGUGUAAGUGGCUUUUCAUGGUAAAGGAGUCGUAAAUUGAGAUGAAAAAAAAAUGAGGGAAACGUUACUGUCCAACUUUACAAGGUAGCACUAAGAACAGGACACACUGAAGCCAUCUGUAACUGUCAUGGGUCUUUACGGUCCCUGAUUGUGUGCAGUAAAGCUCCCGAAUGAGCCCUGUGGUCUCUGACACGGAGGUAACCAAUGCUGAGUGCUGGAGGAGACACCAGAUGGCAAUCUCUUCACGAGCUUGCCUGGAUGCCUCAGGGCUGAGGGUUUCCAAGCUUUCCUUGGGCUGGUGCUUGCUGGGGGCCUGGGGAAGGGUCACUGCUACACCAGUGCUGGCUGGGGGCAGUGGGAGCACUUAGUCUGUGUUUUCUUGGGAUCAUUUGAGCUGGAAGGGUCCCUUAAAGGCCAUGUGGUCCAACUCCCUGCACUGAGCAGUGACACCCACAGCUCCAUCGGAUGCUCAGAGCCUAUUCAGCCUAACCCUGGAUGCAGGGAUGGGGGCACCACCACCUCUCCAGGCAACCUGUGCCACUGCGUCAUUGCCUUUAUUGGAAAAAAACAUCUUCUAUCCACUCUAAAUCUCCCCUCUUUGAGUAUGAAACAAUUUCCCCUUGUCCUGUCACAACAGACCCUGCUAAACUGUUUAUCCCCUCUUUCGUACAUCCUCCUGCUUGCCUUGUGACUAUUUCCAGGCCUCUUGGUUCUCUGUGUCCACUCUCAGCUGUUCUGUGUUGCAAUGUGGCAGCGUGACCCGGGCAGUGUGACAGCACUGGGCUGCUUCUGCUUGUUUUUAUCAGCAAAUAGCCAAAUUUGCACUGUGUAGUGAUCGCUGCAAGGCAGUUAGCAGUGAGAUAAACAGCAAUUUUAUGGCUGGAAAAACAGACAGGAGGGGGCUGCAGGGAAAGGCGAGAUGGCAGAGGCUCUGAGCACCUGAUGGAGCUGUGGGUGACCGUGUUCGGUGCAGGGGAGUUGGAUCUGAUGGCCUUUAAGGGUCCCUUCCAACUCAAACAAUCCUGUGAUUCUAUGACUUGAGCUCCCUAAUCGGUCCCCUUUAUCCUUUGGGCAUCUCCGUGGGUCAUCCAUUGGGAUGCGCAGCAGCACAGCCUUCAUUUGGGGUGGGAAAUACUGGCAGCAAGGAUAUAGCAUCCACAGCCAGCAGCAAAGCUUCCUAUUGAUGCCAUUUAAAAUAACGAUCUCAUCUCAGAGCUGAUUAGAAACAAUAUAAACCACUGAAAAAUAGGGCCAGGGACUGCAGCUACCUGAGUUUCUUCUUGGGGUGCAGGGAUGCAUGCUGAUGGCUCUGCAGCCAGGUUUGGUGCCCCAGGUUUGGGCUGGCUGUGAGCAAUGCAACGCAUGCCCCAGGGCACGAAGAAAAAUGUUUUCCAUCUAAUCAUGUCACGGUGACAAUAGCAGGGAAUCCUUUUAAAGCAGAGAUAAAUAGGAUUUUUUUUUCAAAAAGCAGUGUCCUUUCAGCUUUACAUAGCAAAUGCUGCCCAUGCUGUGUGCUGCCUGCUUUGCAGUAUAUGCUUGAUGGCAUUCACAAGUCUGAGUGUUUCCUGGAAAUCCUCCUAAAAUAGAAAUGCAUUGGCUAGAGGAGGUGCAAGAGGCUGCCCCUCUCCUUCCACCCACUCAGUCCUUUUUAUCUCUGCUUCUCUUCCCCCACUUCUCCUAUCCCAGCUCCUUCCCCUGCCUCUCCUCUUCUAACAUGUUUUUCUGCUUGAUUUUUCUCUUAAAUUGAUGUUUCCCACCUGUGUGUUUUAAGCUGCCUUUGCUCACAGCUGUGUGCUGGUCAUGCUCUUACAUCUCCUUCUCAUGCAGCGCUUCCUGCAUCCCACACCUGAGUGACUGCUGCUUUUCUGCAGGUCGAGCCUCUUCCCUGCAUCCCAGAGCACAAAGCAUUGCUGGCAGCAGCCUGAGAAACCACCGAUGAGCUGAGCAUCUCCAUACAGCUGUGAAACCAGUAGGAGAGCCUUAAUCCCAUCCUGCUCCAGCAUCUUGUUGGUGCAAGGAUGGUGCUUCCCUGCUCGGUGUUCCUCUGGGGGCUGACAGUGUGGCUGAGAUGCUAUUUUUCAGCUGAAACCUUAAAUUCUGUGGAGAGUGAGCACUUAUUUCUUGGGGUCUCCAGGGAAAACUUCUUAUUGUCCCAGCGGGGCCAUUGGAGCCGUUGGAUCUGCUGCAUGGAGCCCUGGGACCCACCACAGCUGCCCCCAGUGCGGCACAGCCAUGCUGCUGGCAGUGGGCGGGCAGAAGGCCGCCAUGGGACCCCACCGCCCUGGAGGCCCAUCAUCUCUGGCCCCCUGCCUCGUCCUGGCUCCUGGGACCCUGGCAGGGACCUGCACCGGCCAGCGUCCCAGGCUGAGAGCUAUGAGAGCGGCCAUGCCUUCCGGGCCUACUCCAGGCAAGGAUAUGAAGACCCCCACUGGCAAUACCCAGGAGCUGCCUACAGGGACAACCAUGCUUACCAAAGCCACCAGUGGCAGCCCACGGCCUGGCAGGGCAACAGAGAUGUGACACAGGUUAAGCCUCACGGCAAGAGCACUACUUAUAGGGACCAGCACUACUACAGGGGCUACCACCCCAACCUGGCUGCCAGCCCCCUGGGGCAGGACAGGUCCCAGACCUAUGAUGCAUAUAAGGAGGGCUCCAGGCGUUCGUGGGCUGGGGUCAGCAAUCUGGGGGAGGCCAGUGGCCAGCCUCAACAGCCCAGCCUACUCCAGCAGUACCGUGAGUCAGGACUCAGCUCCAGUGGCUAUGAGCUCAGCCAAUACAUCCGCGAUGGAGCCGAACCCAACGACACUGCUUUUUUGGGGGGCUGGAGCCCGGUGCAAGGAGGAGGGCCCUUGGAGUCAGCUGUGAUGGCACCCCACAAGUUCCUGCAGCCACAUGUGCCCGUCUGCUUGGGAGCUGGAGGGCAACUGGUGCUGGUGUGUCCCCACCGCCCCACUGAGGGGCAGCUCCCCCUGGUUGAGCUGCGCAGCCUGGAGGUAAUCCUUCAAGGCACAACAGAUCAGGAGGAACUUCAGGCCUUCCCAGGGCCUCUGGCCAGGGAAGAUCUGCACAAAGUAGAUGUGAUGACAUUUUGCCAGCAAAAGAUAGCCUCAAGCUGUGAUCUCUCAACACAGAGAGGCAGAGAUUCAGCUCUUCUCUGGAAACUCCUGGUCCUCCUGUGCCGACAGAAUGGGUCCAUGGUGGGCUCGGACGUGGCGGAGCUGCUGAUGCAGGACUGCAGGCAGCAGGAGAGGUACAAGAGGCAGGAGCCGGCGGUGGGCCCCGUCAGCCUGGCAGAUGAGGAGUGGCGUCAACUGGGGACACCGGACCUCAUCACAGGGGAAGUCCCUCCUGUGGUAGAGACACAGGCACAGAUAGUGGAGAAGUUCACCAAGCUCCUCUACUAUGGCAGGAAGAAAGAUGCACUGGUUUGGGCCAUGAGAAACCAGCUGUGGGGCCACGCUCUCUUCCUGUCCAGCAAGAUGGAUCCUCGCACCUACAGUUGGGUGCUCAGUGGGUUCACCAGCACUCUGGCCACCAACGACCCACUGCAGACCUUCUUCCAGCUCAUGUCAGGAAGGAUCCCGCAGGCAGCGCAGAGCUGCGGGGAUGCCAAGUGGGGAGACUGGAGGCCCCACUUGGCCGUGCUGCUGUCCAACAAGGUGGGAGACAUGGAGCUGAACCACCGGGCCAUCGUCACCAUGGGAGACACCUUGGCUGGCAAGGGAGCAGUGGAGGCGGCUCACUUCUGCUACCUGAUGGCAGAUAUUCCAUUUGGUUACUUUGGGGUGAAGGCAGACCGCAUGGCUCUGCUGGGCAGCAGCCACCGCCAGGCAUUCACCCAGUUUGCCACCACUGAGGCCAUCCAGCGCAUGGAAAUCUUUGAGUACUGCCAGCAGCUGCGGCACCCCACAUCCUUCCUGCUCCCAUUCCAGGUGUACAAGCUCCUCUAUGCCUCCCGCCUGGCUGACCAUGGGCUGCCAGCCCAAGCCCUGCUCUACUGUGAGCAGAUUGCUACCGUGCUCCUCCAGCAGGACCCAACCAGCCACCCCGUCCUGGCCCAGCAGCUGACCAAGCUGGCUGAGCGACUGAAGCUCUGUGACCCACUGCUGCUGGAGAUGCCUGAGCAGGACCCGGUGCUGGAGCCCCAGUGGCUGCUGCAGCUCCGCACCUACUGCCAGCACUGCCAGGUGCAGGAUGACCUCGCUCCAGAGGUGGCACUGACCCAGCCAGAGCCCUGGGAUACUACAGCCACCCCAGGCAGAGAGAUGGUCCAUGAGCAGCCCCAUAGCGAUGGCCCCCACGAUGAGCAGUGGCACCAGCCCCCUGUGCCACUGCAGGGACCUGAUCCCCACCAGGAUGUGUCCAUCCCGCCCCUGGAGGUUGCAGUGUUGGGUGUGGGGCCGAUCUCCCAGGAAGAGCUUUGCACUGAGCCCUCUCUGCAGGCAGUGCCAACAGCAGGGGAUGCUGAGGAGCCCCAGGAUGCCCAUGGGGUGCAGCAGCCGGUGCUGGCAGAGCUGCAGGAAUUAAGCACAAGGGCUCGCUCGGCCUCAGAGAGCUCCACAGCAUCCCUGGAGGAAGACAGCCAGACAUCCUCAGACAGCCCUGCUGAGGAGCUGGAGGGGACAUCGGAGGACAAGAGCUCUGGGUUCCGGUGGUUCGGCUGGUUUCGGUCCAAGCCCCAGAAGGAAACCUCACCCAAAGCCACAACCUCAGGCUCCCCCACGCCGGGACUGCAGGAUCGGAGGUCCCCAUCCCCACCCGGUGCUGUCCCUUCGGCUCAGCCCCCAGCAUCCCCAUCUCCUUACAGAAACCCUGUGUCGAUCGACAUGAAGGGCCCGUGGGAUGCAGAUGGCCACGAGCCACUCCCAGGGAUGGUUCCGCUUUUCAACCCUGCUCAGGUUUCCCAGCUCGCCGCUGCCCGGCCCACCCAACCCAGGCUGCUCUCACAGCGCCGCUACCCCAACCCACUGUGAGUGGGGGUCGGUGUGUGUGUGUGUGUGUGUGUGUGUGUGUGUGGGAGAAGCUUGGAGAAAACAACAGCACUUUGUGGAAUGCUUUCAUCCAAAA